GGGGCGGAGCGGAAGUUGCUUUGUUUUGCUUCAAGAUGGCUGCGGGGAUGUAUUUGGAACAUUAUCUGGACAGUAUUGAAAACCUCCCAUUUGAACUGCAGAGAAACUUCCAGCUCAUGAGGGACCUGGACCAAAGAACAGAGGACCUGAAGGCUGAAAUUGACAAGUUGGCCACUGAGUAUAUGAGUAGCGCCCGCAGCCUGAGCUCCGAGGAGAAAUUGGCCCUUCUCAGACAGAUCCAGGAAGCCUAUGGCAAGUGCAAGGGAUUUGGUGACGACAAGGUGCAGCUUGCCAUGCAGACCUAUGAGAUGGUGGACAAACACAUUCGGCGACUGGACACAGACCUGGCCCGUUUUGAGGCUGAUCUGAAGGAGAAGCAGAUUGAGUCAAGUGACUACGACAGCUCUUCCAGCAAAGGCAAAAAGAAAGGCCGGACUCAGAAGGAGAAGAAGGCUGCCCGUGCGCGUUCCAAAGGGAGGAACUCGGACGACGAGGCCCCCAAGGCCGCCCAGAAGAAGCUAAAACUUGUGCGCACAAGCCCUGAGUAUGGGAUGCCCUCAGUGACCUUUGGCAGUGUCCACCCCUCUGAUGUGUUGGAUAUGCCUGUGGAUCCCAACGAACCCACCUAUUGCCUUUGUCACCAGGUCUCCUAUGGAGAGAUGAUUGGCUGUGACAACCCUGAUUGUUCCAUCGAGUGGUUCCACUUUGCCUGUGUGGGGCUGACCACCAAGCCUCGGGGGAAGUGGUUUUGCCCACGCUGCUCCCAAGAGCGGAAGAAGAAAUAGACCAGGGCCUUGGAUUCCAACACAGUUUCUUCCACAUCCCCUGACCUGGGCUAGUGGGGAGCGGGAUGCCUGGCUGGGGUCAGGGAGAGGUGGGUGGCGCAGAGUUGUCAUCCCCUCUCCUCCCCUCCCCACUCCUGGUGCUGAGGCUGCACCCAGACCCUGGUACGGGGGUUGCUGCAGCCACUAACGGUAUGUGCUCUCAUUCAGCCCGCCCCCUUCAGAGGGAAGGGGUCUUGCCCACUGUCCUUUUGCCUCCAUGCUGAGGUUGGUGCUGUAUUUUUGAGGGAUGGUCCUCUUUACUCCCCUUGCUUUGUAUUUAAGGACUGGGGCAGUAGCAUGGGGCCCUCCCCCAGCCUCCUGAGCCCCUCCCCUCGUGGGGGGCCAUGGCGUGAUCAACUUUCUUCACUCUCUUCCUGCUUUUCCAGCGGGGGCUCCUCCAGAUCAUCUGGGCUGUGGCCCUGGCUGAAGGGUCACCCCUUCCUCUGUGCCAAGAGGAUUCGUCCUGGUUUGUGAGUGGGAGGGGCAGGGUGGAGUGCAGAUAUCUCAUAUGUAAAGGAAUUGGGUCGGUGAAUAAAAGCUGUACAUGUUGGCCUGCUGUGUUUAUUGUAGAGACACUAUUUUAGUACAUGUGCUAAGCAU